GUUCUACGCGAAACGCACCAACACAACUGCAUCAACGAAUAUCCAACAGAAAAAAGGCAAAGACACGAGCAUCACUUCCACUGCAGCGCAUUCGUCAACUACACCUACGAAAAAGGGAAAAGGAGCGCGCAUCGUUGUUAUUACUGUUGCUGCAGCUUUCGUCCAACCCCUCUUUCUCUCUCUCUCUCACCCUCUCUCCCUUGUAGCUGCUGGAAGCGUGUACUUCAGCGAGGCGGAGAACGCGGCUCGACGGUUCGUGGACAUACGUGUAUAUAUAUCGCUAGUAUCCUUAACAGUACUCUUUCUUCUUUAUUGUUCCCUUGUUUACCAGAAGCAGAAGAACAAGAAAGGACACACGCACGCCGACGGGACACACGAGAGGAUGGCAAAUCGCAUGCCGAUGCAACCAGGCGAUGGCAGCAAUCCGAGUGCGACGCAGCCCUUCUACUACUCCCAGAAUGGCACCCCACCGCAGCAGAUGUACCUCAACUUCCCCAUCGCCUACCCCCAGCUGCAGGUCUUCAACGCCCAGCAGCUGCAGUAUCAAACCUUCGUAGAAAGCCAGCGCCGCGCGCAGCCAGAUAUGCGUAGUCGCGGUCAGCAGCAGCAACAGCUCCCCGGACAUCCACCACAGCCACAACAAGCAGCGCAGCAGCAGCAGCAGCAGCGAGUACCCGGCAUGUCCGACUACCCUACCGGCCACCCCGCUGGUGGCCUGGAGCAGGGCGAAGGCUUCGAUCAAAAGUCGCAGGCGGAGAAGGACGCGAUGUUGGAGUUUAUCCGAACGGAGGGCGCGGCGGGGAAGAUGUUUCAGCAGCGCGGGCCGCCGCCUCCACAGCAACAGCAGCAGCAGCAGCAACAGCGUAUGCCCUUCAUGCUUAGCUACCCCACUGGCAGCAUGGAGCGCGACGCCGGCUUCGAGUCGAAUGGGCAGGGAAGCAAAGACCCAAUGGCGGAGCUGAUGCGGGGGCGGUGGGGGCCUAACAAAACUACGCAGCAGCGUAACCCGGCGCAGCAGCAGCAGCAGCAGCAACAACAGCGUCAGCCGGGCAUGCCUGGCUUCCCCACAGGGCACUCGGGAGGGGUGGAGCAAGGCGACGGCUUCGAGCAGAAGACGCAAGCGGAGAAGGACGCGCUGCUCGACUUGCUGCGGACGCAGAGCGGACCCUCGAAGCUGAACCCGCAACAACGCGGACCACAGCAACAACGCCCUGGCGUCGCACCGAGCAUAGGCGAUACGCUACCGGUGAGCGCCGUUGGACCCCACCUGGACCCGGCCAUCGCGGCCGCCAUCCCCUCCGGCUCACCUCCCGCGGCCUCGAACAUGCAGAUGUCCGCCGGACCGGCAGCAGCAGGUGGGGGUGGUGUUGGUGCUGGCGGUAUUCGCAGCACCCCGCCCAUGAUGUCCGCUGCGAUGGCGGGUGGGGGCCCCGCCGCCGCUACUCGUGGCCGGAUUGAAGUGGACGACGAGUACGGCCUAAAGCCGCUCGUGAAGGUGCUGACGGCGGCGCCGGUGAUGUCCGCCAACCCACACGUGCCGCUGCCGGACGAGCCGACGGACCCGACCACCGGCCGCCCGAUCAGCCAGCAGGAAGCGGAUGAAAUCAACUUUUCCUUCAUCACACGCGGCUUCGAUAUCACGCAGCUGGGCCUCUCCGUCUCGCAGCAGGAGUGGCUGCACCCGACGCUGGCCACCCUGCCGCUGGACACCCACAACUAUUUCAUUCUGCCCGAGUUCAAGAUCCCGGACAGCUACAAGAAGCCGCGGCCCCGCUCGCUUUCGAUGAAGUCCUUUCAUCAGUUUAAGGAAGAGACGCUCUUCUACAUUUUCUAUAGCAUGCCGCGGGAUGUGCUGCACCUGGCCGCGGCUCGGGCCUUGUACGAGCGAGGCUGGCGCUAUAACAAGCGCGAGCAACACUGGUUUCACCCCGUGAAGAUGGACGAUGGGACACUGAUGGAGAAGGUCACGGCGGGGCCCGACCGGCAGAAGAUCUUCACCGGCGUCUACAACGUCUUCCACCCCAACGAGUGGAAGCAGGUGCGGACGGUGGACAACUACACGGUGUCGUCGAACGAUGUGGAGGAGCAGAGCGUGUUGGUGGCGGCGAUGGAGGAGGCUGCGCGGCAGCAGACGCAGCGCUCCAAGGCGAAGGCGGCGCAGGCGGCGACGGGCACGGCGAACAACGGCUCCGGCAGCCCGGCAAACGCCGCACCCGCACCAAGCGCGGAAGCGAAAAAGGGCUUAUAA